GUUCAGGCGCCAGCAUCAGAGGACCGGAUGAGAAUUCUGUCUGUAUGUAUCACUACACCCUGGUGCAUGGACAUUCGGCGCAGCUAUCGAGUUGAGCACUCGAACAAGUCCGAGCCGACCACAAGCGGACUUGCGCGGCCUUGCGCAGAGCGCCGUGUUACACCGUCAGACCGCCGUGCUGUGAUCCUUUGAUUUAAGAACGUUGGGCGGCAACCAGUGGGGAUACGCGUGGCCGGUUUUGAGCAUCACGGCGUGGAAGUCCUUCGGCGCCCUUGAGCGCCCUUAUUGUGCCAUCUCUUCCGCUCUCCAGCCUGAGGCCGCUACCUAAAGCCACUACCUGAGCCCGUCAGGACGACGACAAUGCCGCCGUCCCCUCGCCCCGCGCUGCUGCUCGCCGCCGUGCCGGUCGCGCUGCUGCUGCUGGCGGCCGGCCCCGCCACGGUGUCCGCCACCUGGGUGCCCGCCGCCGGCUGCCAGGCCGGCGUGCCGUGCACCGCCUCCAACACCUGCCUCGCCGCCGCCGCCACCCAAGUCGCGUACCUGCCCUCCGCCCCCAAGUCGUGCCCCGCCGGGACGCAGCAAGUCGGCGCGGCCUACCAGCAAGUCGUGGACUACAACCAGUGCGCCUGGACCGGCUGCUCCAUCGGCGGCUGCGCCGCUGGCGAGCAGGAGGUUACCGCCAGCCAGUGCUGGUGGGGGGCCUGGAACGAAUAUUGCUGCAAGCUGGUCACCAACACCACCCUCACCUGCCGCCAGAUCCUCAACUGCAUCUUCUACCCCAACCCGCCCUCGCCCCGGCCCCCGAGCCCCCGCCCGCCGUCCCCGCCCCCCAGCCCGCCGCCCCCUCCUCCCCCUACGAACUGGGCGGCCUUUACCAACGGUGCCUGGGAUGCUGCUGCCACCUCCAACAACGUUCGCAUGGCAUAUGUAGCGAACACGUUGGCACGGAGCAUCUACUCAGGCCGGCUGUUAUCAUCGGACCCAGGGGCAACGGUGUUCGGGGCCACCUACCAAUCCCGCAUCGUGGCGCGCCUAGGCGGCAUUGCCACAACCAUGCGCUACCUGGACCAGUCCACCGAAGUGGCGCUGGUGGAGUCAACCACCUCGUACAUGAUCGUGUUCCGAGGCAGCGAGCAGGCCACAGAUUGGUUUGCCACCAACCUGGACAUCGGCUGGAGCUACACCACUGUCUUCGGCCCCGGCGUGUACGUGUGGGACGGCUUCCUGUCCGCGCUGAUGGCGAACGAGCAGGCGCUGCGCAGCCUGGUGGCCGCCACCUACGCCGCCGGCACCACCCAGCCCCGCAAGCCGCUGUGGUUCGCGGGCCACUCCCUGGGGGCGGCCAUGGCGGUCCUGUUCGCGCACUAUGUCCGCACCAACAUGGGCAUCGUGCCCCAGGGAAUCUUCACAUUUGGCGGCCCCAAUGUGGGCUACUCGGAUUGGGCCGCCGCCUACCAGCCCCUCCUUGGCUCCCGCACCUACAUCUACGAGGACAUCGACGAUGUGGUGGUGGGCCAGCCGCCCUGGCCCUACAACGACGCCGACACCCCUGGCGUCCGCACCCGCUUCACCGCCUGCCAGGCCGCCAUUGACUACAACACAGCCCUUGCCGGACGCCGGCGCGCAGAGCUGCUGGCUGAUGCCGCGGCGGCGCCGGCCGCAGCAACGCCUGCGGCGGCGAACGGCAAUGGGAACGGCAACGCAAAGGAGGUGUUCCGGGGUGGCCCGAAAGACAAUGCGGGCGGAGGCGGUAUCCACGGCGGUGCAAAGGAGAUGUUCCGCGGCGGGCCGAAAGACAACGUGGGCGCGGCAGCCGGCAGCAGUGGUAGUGGUAACGGCGGCGGCAGCGGCGGCCGCCGGCUGCUUGCCAAGGCCCCGCCCCCGCGCCAUUCGGGCGGCACCGCCGCCGCCGCCACCACCGCCGCUGCUGCUGCUGCCACUACCCUGCCCACUGAGACGCAGCAACCGGCGGACACGGAGGGGCUGGUCCCGCUGGGCGCCCUGGGCUCCCUGGAUGGCGGCAGUAGCAGCAACACCACUGGCGGCACUGCUACUGCCACCGACGCCGCGGCGGGCAGCGGCACCGAUGGCGAUGAUGAUGGCGACGUGCAGGCGCGCGGUAACAUCCUGGGCCUCGAUCAGCACGAUGCGCAGGCCUCCUACAUGACCACCAUCUACUACUGCUUCCUGUCCGCAACCGACAAGACCAAAGUGCCCUCCGUGGGCGAGGUCAGCAGCUGGUAAUGGAAGAAAACGGGUGGACUACCGGCGGUACGCAGGGAUAUUGCACUUGGGCGUACCGUAUGGCCCCCUCCCUGACUUGCCUUCCUCCCCAUGGGGCCAGUUUUAAUACUCUUCGGUCACAAGGAUGCGGGGGUUGCUGGAUGUGCUUAGGGCUAUGUCACUACUGCUGAGAAUUCAUCAAGAUGAAAGUGUGGAACUGAAAUAACAGAAUGUGAAAGAUUGAACGCGGACGGCCGUGGAGCUCCACCCGCCCAGACGCGAUGGACGUGGCUCGCGCGACCGGACACGUAUCUGAUGGUUGACGUGUGUAAUGUGGUUGGUUGCAUGUUGCCGUGUAGCUCAAUAAUGGCUGCACGCUGUGCCUGAAUCCGAGUUACAAAAGGUAGGAUGCUGUUUGCCCCCCUAUAUUUUAUAAUGGAUGUUGGCAUCUUGUUGGGCGUAUGGCUCAGUGGAUAGAUAGGACAUGAUUUUCCUAAGGUCAGGGUCGCACGUUCUUCCGCAUGGAGAAGGGCCUGACCUUCAGACAAAUCCAACCCCUUUCAUUGGACUUAUCUACGACCCCAUCUUCCGAGCUACCCACACCAUGUGAUUGCGGCCCUCUGUCUUUGUAAUUCCGCAUCCAU